AUGUUAUCGACUUCAGAAUGACCCAUUCCUACGUUGUAUCGGGCGCGUUAUCAGCAGGAAUUUGAUUAUUUGAGGUGGAUCGGCGGAGGUGCUUCCUCCAGUGUAUAUAGCGCUAUGCACCGUCUUGAUGGGCGAAUGUAUGCGUUGAAAUUAAUUCGUAAUAUAUCCUCUACGAAAUCGCUAUCCCGUCUUCCUUUAUCAUUCCUUGCAAUUGUCUAUUUAUUGAAUAUUUUCUGUUGCUCUCAGAAACGCGCUAAAAAUGAAGUCGAUGUUCUGGCUUUGUUGGAUCAUCCGAAUGUGGUUCGAUAUUUCAGCUGUUGGAUAGAAGCAGAAGAUAUUUCAAGCCCUAUUAGACCACUUUCGCCGUCCGGUCAUUGUUCAGAGUCAUCCAGUGAAACCAGCCAAUCCACUGCACCCUCGUCAUCACCUGAGGUCUCCUGGGCUUCGCGUAGUGGCGGCGACGGCGGCGGUGGUGGUGUCAGUGUAGCCCCACCUUCCCUCCCUCAUUCUGGCGAUGACAGUAGCAGUGACGAAAGCAGCUCUGAGAGCAGCAGUGACGACGACGUCGAGGCUAACGGUGACCGCGCUCUUGCCGUUCUUCCGAACUGCGCCACAAAGAUUCCGCCGACGCAAUUAAUGCCCCAGCCACUGACGCUGUUCAUUCAAAUGGAGCUGUGUCGUUACACCUUGGCCGAUUGGCUGAACUGGCGCAACAGCCUCCCCACGCCUCAACCCGUUUCUGACGAAGGCAGCAGCAGCAAGGCUGUCGGACUACUGCACUCCUAUCCCUGGAGCAGCGUGGAUCGUGCCGAGGUUCGCUGGCUUUUCGACCAGACCGUCAAGGGUGUCCACUAUUUGCACUUGCAAGGCAUCAUUCACCGUGAUAUCAAGGUACGUGCCUGUGUCAACAUUGUCAGGAUGUACCCCUCUACUGCUUGCAGUUCUGUCCCAGCCAACAUAUUCAUUCAAGGGCCUCCAAAGAUGUCCAGUCCUGUUAACGCAGGCGAUGGCGUUGCCGCGUGCUCGGCAGCCGAGGGAGUCGACUGCCAGCGGUCCUGGUGUUACCACCAGCUACGCGUGAAAAUCGGUGACUUUGGUCUCUCAACUCUGCUCGAGAGAUGCCUCAUGGACGAGUCUGGCGACGACUUCUCCCAUUCGACGUCGCCACCCGGUCCUAUAAUCGAAGAACUACCCAAAACCGGACCUGUAUCCUCAGAUACCAUCUUGGACGCUCCUCCCAAAACCGUCGCCACCACCACCACCACCACUCUCUCCGGGCCGCUGUUUCUUCUCACGGGCAAUUUGGGCACCGUUAUUUACACCGCGCCCGAAGCUGACGUGUACAGUCUGGGGGUUGUUCUCUUUCAACUCCUCUACCCCUGCCGGACUCAGUCGGAAUUCAUUUUCCUGAUCGACCAAAUUCGGCGGCAUCCGCCAUCCGCAGAUGUUCUACCUCGGGAACUCACCCUAGGCUGGCCUCUGGAGUCAAAACUGCUAAGAAUGAUGCUGAGUUCACAACCUUCAGACCGACCCGAUUUGGGAGAAAUUCUCUCAGAGCUUUCAUCAACAUCUGAGGUCAUCAUCAGUACUCGGCGCUCCACGGCAGAUGACCAGCUGAUGGGAAGCAGGCCGCACUCUUUUCUGGUUGACCAGCUGCUUUAUAGGAAUAGACGUCUGGAGGAGGAAAAUGCUGAGCUCAAACGACGACUCGGGUUGGGCGACAGGCCCUUAAAAGAACGCCACUAA